GCCCAGUGCCAGUCACUGUGCGCGGGGAGCGAGACGUGCCAUGCCGCGCCCGACCAGGGAGUCCUACGGCGACCAGAAACCACCCUUCUCCUACAUCGCGCUCACCGCCAUGGCCAUCUGGAGCUCGCCGGAGCGCAUGCUGCCGCUGUCGGAGAUCUACCGGUUCAUCACGGACCGGUUCCCGUACUACCGGCGCAACACGCAGCGCUGGCAGAACUCGCUGCGCCACAACCUGUCGUUUAACGACUGCUUCGUGAAGGUGCCGCGGCGCCCCGACCGGCCCGGCAAGGGCGCCUACUGGACGCUGCACCCGCAGGCCUUCGACAUGUUCGAGAACGGCUCGCUGCUGCGCCGCAGGAAGAGGUUCAAGCUGCACAAGGGGGAUAAGGAUAGUCUGAACGCGGAGUUGCAGGCGCUGGCGAGCUUCAACAGGGCGUUCCUGGCGCGGCAGGCGGGGGGCAGCCUGCAGGGCGGCAUGUUCGCGGCGCCGGCGUGCGCGCGGCUGAGCCCGGAGCCGGCAGAGGCGCGCGACACGGCGGCGCUGCUGCCGGCGGGCGCGCGGCCGCGGCGGGACUUCACCAUCGCCGCGCUGCUGCAGCCGGAGCCGCGCCGCUCGCCGUCCCCCCCUCCCCCGCCGCCCCCUCACCCGCUGCCGCCCCCGCACUACCUGCUGGCGGCGCAGCGCUACCACGCGGAGCUGCUGGCGGGGCUUCAGCAGACCUGCCUGCCGCCGCUCUGGACCUGGCGGGACACGCAGUUCUCACACUACACGCUUAAUUCAUGAGUGGUAUGUCUCCGAUGUAAAUAAAGAAACGAAUGCGAAAGGUAGCUUUAGUUGUAAAAUUCAUUCUUGAGACAUCUAUAAACAUUAAGUAGUCUACAAAACAUAAUUUUAUAAAAAUGCCUUGGUACGAUUUUUUACAAAACUGAAGACAAAUGGACAUUUCACAAUACUUUAAUGGAAAGUGAUUUGAUACUGUAGAUGUACGUAUAUUUUUUUGUUUUACGUAGGUAGAUACUUAGUACAAGAAGAACAGGUACAAUCAGCAAAAGAGAUAUAGGCCACCCCCGCGCAAUCACUUUAAUUGUUUCAUACACUGACGAGUGACGGAUAAUAAAUG